AUGUAUUAUAAAUUCAUUAACAAGAAUGGUAUUAGAGUAAAAUUUUAUUACGAUAUGCCAUCAACAAAACUUGAAAUUCAAUUAAAUGAGAUGGUCCAUUUUCCAAAAUGGAUGGUUGAUUUGAAUAAGUGUGAAAUUUGUGUAGCUGGAAAAAUGACUAAACAUUUUCAUUAUACAAAUUCAAUGAAUAAUUAUACAAUGCUAAAGACACCAGGUUCGUCAUGGACUAUUAAUUUGUUUGGUCCAGUUAACAAAGUUACAUCAGGAACACCUAGGUUUAUGAUGCUAAUGGUUGAUAGUGUUUCAAGAUAUGUUAUAUGCACAACUCAUCUUUACAAAAUUGAUGAUGAAAUUGUUGCUCAAAUUGAUAAUAAUAUAAGAUUUAUUGAAACACAAUUUGGACGAAAAGUACAAGAAUUUAUUACAGAUAGAGGCUCGGAAUUUACAAAUAAUGAUUUAAAAUUAUUAGAAGAUAAAAAGGGAAUUCAACUACUCUCUUCAAUUUCAGUACAAAGAAGAAUCAUUACCUAA